GCCCCGCGCGGCGGCCCAAGAUGGCGGACCGGCGGCGGCAGCGCGCCUCGCAGGACAGCGAGGACGACUCGGACUCGGCCGCUUCCGACAGCGCCGGCUCCGCCGCCAGCGCCGCCCGCUCCCGCUCGGCCUCCGGUUCCCGCUCGGGCUCCGGCUCCCCCCGCCCGCCGCACCGCCCGCCGCGCGGCGCCGCCGGGGCCCUGAGCGCGGGGCCGCGGGGCCGCGGGGCCGAGAGCGCUGCCGGCGGGGCGGCCAAAAGCGCCCCCGAGUCCGAGUGUGAAAGCGAGGAUGGCAUUGAAGGAGAUGCUGUACUCUCGGAUUAUGAAAGCACAGGAGACUCGGAGGUGCAGGAAGAGGAUUACAGUGAGGAAGAAAGUGCCAAAGUGGAACUGAAGCAGGAUAGUAAUGGUUCCUGUGAGUCAGCAGCAAAAGCAGAGAAAGGGGAUGAGAAACCUGACCCCAAAGGUGCUGUGACCGGGGAGAGGCAGAGCGGGGAUGGCCAGGAGAGCACUGAACCUGUUGAAAAUAAAGUUGGGAAAAAAGUUCCCAAGCACCUGGACGACGACGAGGACCGGAAGAACCCAGCCUACAUCCCACGGAAAGGGCUCUUCUUUGAGCACGACCUCCGCGGGCAGACGCAGGAGGAGGAGGUCAGGCCGAAGGGUCGCCAGCGGAAGCUGUGGAAGGACGAGGGCCGCUGGGAACACGACAAGUUCCGGGAGGACGAGCAGGCCCCCAAGACAAGGCAGGAGCUGAUUGCUCUCUAUGGCUACGACAUCAGGUCAGCUCACAACCCCGAUGACAUCAAGCCGAGGAGGAUGCGCAAACCAAGGUUUGGGAGUCCCCCUCAGCGAGACCCAAACUGGUCCAACGAGAGGCCAAAUAAGCCCCCAAGGCACCAAGGUGCAGACAGCACCUCGGCUGCCCCGCGAACCUUCACCAGCCGGAGCUCCGCGGGGACCGGGAGGAUGCCCCCCCCUCGCAACUAUCCGAGGAUGGGGGGCUACAAGGAGACCCGUCCAGGCUACCGUGCUGCAGAAGCCAGUGGCCAGCAUCUCUCUCGGAACUGCGAGCAGGCCAAGCAGGAGAACAGCUACCGAGGGAAGCGUGCAGAGCAAACCCCAUCCAGGGACCAGUCCCCCGAGAUGGAAGCAGCUCAUGUCCACAGCAGCCCUGCCAAGGAGGAGGUCACCCUGGAAAACCAAGCUGCAGCUGCCGAUGCUGCACCACCACCACCCGACAGACCAGUUGAAAAGAAAUCUUAUUCCCGGGCAAGAAGGACCAGAAUCAAAGCUGGGGACACGGGGAAGCUGGCAGAUGAAGUUCCCGCCUCGGAAGGGCUGGCUCCUGUGCCUCCAAAACCUAUGCAAGCUGAGACGUCCCCCCCACCAGCCAAGAGCAGUAACUGGGAGUCACCAGUAGAAUCCAGCUUGGAUGGACUCGAGCAGGAGAUGACCCAGAUGAAUCUCACCGAGCAGAACUGGACCCCAGGGCAGUCGCAGUUCAUGCAGCCCCGGGAGCUGAGGGGUAUUCCUAACCAUAUGCACGUGGGAACUGGGCCACCACCUCAGUUUAACAGGAUGGAGGAAAUGGCAGUGCAGGGGGGCCGCGUGAAGCGCUACUCAUCCCAGCGGCAGCGACCGCCGGUGCCGGAGCCUGCACCUCCCAUGCACAUCAGCAUCAUGGAAGGGCACUAUUACGACCCAAUACAAUUCCAGGGACCAAUCUACACCCACAGUGAGAACCCAGCCCCGCUGCCGCCCCAAGGGAUGAUUGUGCAGCCGGAGAUGCACCUCCCUCAUCCAGGUUUACAUCCCCACCAGACACCAGCCCCCAUGGCAAACCCUGGGCUCUACCCCCCGCCGGUCUCCAUGCCCCCUGGGCAGCCCCCGCCGCAGCAGCUGCUUGCUCCCACUUACUUCUCCCCUCCUGGAGUCAUGAAUUUCGGGAAUCCUGGCUACCCCUACACCCCGGGAGCACUGCCCCCUCCGCCCCCUCCUCAUCUCUAUUCCAACACCCAGGCCCAGUCCCAGGUGUACGGAGGGGUGACGUACUACAACACUGUCCAGCAGCAAGUGCAGCCCAAGCCUUCUCCACCUCGGAGGACGUCCCAGCCUGUCACUAUCAAACCACCACCUCCUGAGGUGGUAAGCAGGGCUCCAGUUAAUUUGAGUUUCUAAAUACUUUAAAACUAAACCCACGUAAAAAGUAAGUCCAAAGUUGACUCUUGCUUUUUUAUUUAUAUACUUACUGAGGGUAGAAAACAAAACACUUUUAAGAGAAAAAACUCCAACCCUAAUGUCAGAGGCCAUGACUUCUCUGAAAGAAUAAAUGUUGAGACCUUAGUAGAUAAUUGAGGCAGCAGACUUGAAGGCUUUCCUUUCCCUGCACUGGGAGCAGUGUCCUUGCUCCCGUGCUGUGUGCACACACCAGGGUGCCACGUGUGUGUUUGGUUUCCUUGUUCAUACCUGAGAGCAGAGCGAGCCGGAACAGCCUGGGCAGGGCUGUGCUGCUGCUUCCCUGCAUGGGGGGAGGCAGCACCAAGAAGGGCUGGGAAACCUGCAGCGUGUGCAGAUCUACCCUGAGGUUGUCUGAUCAAGGGGCCCCUUGAAAGGCCUUGGGAGGGAAAAAUGUGUAACUGUGAGGAGAGGUUGGCUGAGGGGGGCUGGUUGUGCCCCGAGCGGGUGCAGGGGCAGGCAGUGGCAGCUGGUGUGGAGGGUAUUGGUGGCAGGACCCUGGUGACCCCCUCUGUGUGGGGCUGCCUCAGCCUCUGCUUCUCUUUCCUCUUCCCCAUCAGGACAGCAAAGGUGAGAAGUCAAAGGAGAGGAGCAACACGUAGGGAUGCGGCCGUGGGAAUCCCAACGCCAGACUCAGCACCUCGGCACGGAGGAAGCUCCUUCCUGGGAAAGGCUCCUUCCCUGUGCGUAGGUGAGGCAGCGGGAUGAAGUCGGCUGCACCGUCUUGUGCUCAGGGCCAGGCACCUUCCCUCUCUGGUUUGACUGGUGCCCUCCCGAAAACCGCCUCGCUCUGCUGCCCUGCCCUCCCCCCGGCUGGGGCGUGGAGGUCACCCAGGAGCCAGCCCCCAGAGUCGGUCCUUGGCCACAAGUUCUCGCAACUUCUCUCUCUUACUAAACGUCUGCCCUUUUCCCUCUCUAGGAUGUUAAACUCGACUGGCUUGAUUGUGGUCUCUGUUUUUAUUUAAGAAAUGAACCAGCUCCUUCAGUAAAGCUGAUUUGUUUCUUUUGGGUA